AUGAGAAAAGGUUACAUAUGCAUUUUCGACCACAAUUCUUUUCUUUGCAGUAUUUGUAACUUUUCUCUGUUGUAUCUUUUCUAUGAGUAUUUUUUCUGCACUGGACUGGUAUCAUUUCCUUCCUGUACCGGUACUGCUUCUCUGCAGUGUUGGUACCUUUUCUCUCCUGUGUCAGUAGCUUUUCUCUGCUGUACCGGCACCUUUUCUCUGCUGUACCGGCACCUUUUCUCAGCUGUGUCAGUAGCUUUUCUCAGCUGUGUCAGUACUUUUACUGCUGUAACGGCACCUUUUCUUUGCUGUGUCAGUACCUUUUCUCAGCUGUGUCAGUACCUUUUCUUUGCUGUGUCAGUACCUUUUCUCAGCUGUGUCAGUACCUUUUCUCAGCUGUGUCAGUACCUUUUCUCAGCUGCGUCAGUACCUUUUCUCUGCUGUACCGGCACCUUUUCUCAGCUGUGUCAGUACCUUUUCUCAGCUGUGUCGGUACUUUUACUCUGCUGUAACGGCACCUUUUCUUUGCUGUGUCAGUACCUUUUCUCAGCUGUGUCAGUACCUUUUCUUUGCUGUGUCAGUACCUUUUCUCAGCUGUGUCAGUACCUUUUCUCAGCUGUGUCAGUACCUUUUCUCAGCUGCGUCAGUACCUUUUCUCUGCUUACCUUUUUCUCAGCUGAGUCAGUACCUUUUCUCAGCUGCGUCAGUACCUUUUCUCUGCUGUACCGGCACCUUUUCUCAGCUGUGUCAGUACCUUUUCUCAGCUCUGUCAGUAACUUUUCUCAACUGUGUCAGUACCUUUUCUCUGCUGUACCGGCACCUUUUCUAAGCUUUCUGUACCGGUACCUUUUCUCUGCUGUACCGGCACCUGUUCUCUGCUGUGUCAGUACCUUUUCUCAGCUGUUUCAGUACCUUUUCUCUGUUGUACCGGCACUUUUUCUCUGCUGUGUCAGUACCUUUUCUCUGUUGUACCGGCACUUUUUCUCUGCUGUGUCAGUACCCUUUCUCUGCUGUACCGGCACCACUUCUCUGUGUGUCAGUACCUUUUCUCUGUUAUACCGGCACCUUUUCUCUGCUGUGUCAGUACCUUUUCAGACAAUCCAUAGUAACACGCCUUGA